AGGCAGCAAUACUCACCACUAUACUACAACGACCUUUGUUUGAAGGCAUAGGCUUUCAAACUAAAGACGAUUGGAAUCGAUAAGUUAUCCCGUAUCCUCCUUUUAUUACCCCUAACCCAGUUGGAAAACUUGUUUUCGAUUCAAAGCAUGACAAAGCUUUGGCGCCUUUCCUACACAAAGCUACUUUCACAGCUUUCUCAAACAAAGUCUUUAAACCCAGGUCUUCAAAUCCAAACCCAUUUAACCAAAAUCGGAUUAUCUAAUGAUAGCAAACAUAGGAACCAUUUAAUUCAUCUGUAUUCGAAAUGUGGUGCUUUUGAGUAUGCAUGGAAACUGCUCGAUGAAAGUCCUGCACCAGAUUUAGUUUCCUGGUCAUCUUUGAUUUCUGGGUAUGCUAAGAAUGGUUUUGGUAAAGAUGCUAUCUGGGCUUUCUUCAAAAUGCAUUCUUUGGGUCUUAAAUGUAAUGAGUUCACUUUUCCUAGUGUGCUUAAAGCAUGUUCUAUUAUGAAGGAACUUUUCUUGGGUAAGCAGAUUCAUGGGAUUGUUGUGGUCACAGGAUUCGAGUCUGAUGUUUUCGUAGCAAAUACUUUGGUUGUUAUGUACGCAAAGUGUGGCGAACUUCUAGAUUCCAGGUUGUUGUUUGAGGAAAUCCCUGAAAGAAAUGUUGUUUCUUGGAAUGCUUUGUUUUCUUGUUACACACAGAAUGAUUUUUUCGACGAGGCGAUGUGCAUGUUUGGGGAUAUGAUAGUUAGUGGAGUCAGGCCCGAUGAAUACAGUUUAUCCAACAUAUUGAAUGCUUGUACUGGGUUAGGAGAUAUUGUUCAAGGAAAGAAAAUUCAUGGGUGUUUGGUGAAGCUUGGCUAUGAUUCUGAUCCUUUCUCGUCUAAUGCACUCGUUGACAUGUAUGCUAAAGGGGGAAAUCUUAAGGAUGCCAUUACAGUUUUUGAUGAAAUUGUGGUACCUGACAUUGUUUCGUGGAAUGCUAUUAUUGCUGGUUGCGUUCUUCAUGAAUGUCACCACCGGGCUAUAGAUAUGUUGAAUCAGAUGAGAAGGUCAGGAAUUUGGCCAAAUAUGUUCACAUUGUCGAGUGCUCUCAAGGCUUGUGCUGCACUGGAGCUCCUUGGAUUGGGUCAAGGGUUACACUCUCUUUUGAUAAAGAAAGAUAUCAUACUGGAUCCAUUUGUGAGUGUUGGCCUUAUCGAUAUGUAUUGCAAAUGCGAUUUAACCAAGGACGCGAGGUUGAUCUAUGAUCUGAUGCCCGGGAAGGACUUAAUUGCGUUGAAUGCUAUGAUCUCUGGUUACUCACAGAAUGAGGCAGAUAAUGCAUGUCUAGACCUUUUUGUUCAGACAUUCACCCAAGGAAUUGGAUUUGAUCAGACAACUUUACUUGCCGUCCUAAACUCUGCUGCUGGCUUGCAGGCUCCUAACGUCUGCAAACAAGUUCAUGCACUUUCUGUGAAGUCGGGAUUUCAGUGUGACACUUUUGUCAUAAACAGUCUUGUUGAUUCUUAUGGAAAAUGUAGCCAGCUGGAUGAUGCAGCUACAAUUUUUGAUGAGUGCCCUACUCCGGAUUUGCCAUCUUUUACCUCUCUCAUAACAGCCUAUGCUCUACUUGGUCGAGGUGAAGAAGCCAUGAAACUAUAUCUGAAGCUACAGGGCAUGGGUCUCAAGCCAGACUCAUUUGUUUGCAGUUCUCUCCUAAAUGCAUGUGCAAAUCUAUCAGCAUAUGAACAGGGGAAACAAAUACAUGCUCAUGUGUUGAAGCUUGGGUUCAUGUCAGAUGUGUUUGCUGGUAACUCUCUAGUUAACAUGUAUGCUAAGUCUGGAAGUAUAGAGGAUGCUAACUGUGCUUUCAGUGAGGUUCCUCGAAAAGGUAUUGUUUCAUGGUCCGCGAUGAUUGGAGGACUUGCCCAACAUGGAUAUGCGAAAAAGGCACUUCAUUUAUUUGGUGAGAUGCUGAAAGAUGGUGUAUCUCCCAAUCACAUAACAUUAGUUAGUGUCCUUUAUGCAUGUAACCAUGCUGGGUUAGUUGAAGAAGCCAAUAAGUAUUUUGAAACAAUGAAAGACUCGUUUGGGAUUGAACCAACUCAAGAGCAUUAUGCAUGCAUGAUUGAUGUCCUGGGCCGAGCUGGAAAAUUAGAUGACGCUAUUGAUCUCGUAAAUAAGAUGCCUUUUGAAGCUAAUGCAUCUGUCUGGGGUGCACUUUUGGGUGCUGCAAGAAUUCAUAAGAAUGUAGAGGUAGGGCAACGUGCUGCUGAGAAGCUUUUUCAUCUUCAACCAGAGAAAUCUGGCACUCAUGUUCUUCUUGCAAAUAUUUAUGCAUCAGUUGGGUUGUGGGGAGAUGUCGCAAAAGUAAGAAGACUGAUGAAGGACAGUAGAGUAAAAAAGGAACCUGGUAUGAGUUGGAUUGAAAUUAAAGAUAGUAUUUACACAUUUAUAGUGGGAGACAGAAGCCAUUCGCGAAGUGAUGAAAUAUAUGCCAAACUGGAGGAGUUGGGACAGCUAAUGGCUAAAGCUGGUUAUGUUCCUAUGGUAGAUACUGAUCUCCAUGAUGUAGAGAGGAUACAAAAGGAGAUUCUUCUCUCCUAUCACAGCGAGAAACUAGCUGUUGCAUUUGGGCUGAUUGCUACACCUCCUGGUGCUCCUAUUAGAGUGAAGAAGAACCUUCGGAUUUGUUUGGACUGCCAUACAGCAUUCAAGUUCAUUUGUAAAAUCGUCUCUAGGGAGAUCAUUAUUAGAGAUAUUAACCGGUUUCACCAUUUCAAAGAUGGCUCUUGUUCAUGUGGGGAUUACUGGUGAUACUUGAAGGUGGACCACUGUCUAUUUGUUGCAAGAUCUUGCCAAUGAGCAAGUCUGCAGUUAUUAAUUCCUUCGAAGCUGAUGAUAGUUUUGAUGGGAUAGGUCAUUUCUUGGGUUACGAUUUCAGGAUGGCUCAGUUCCUUGUGUGGGUGAGGACUUGUUGUGUGACAGUGCUGACCGGUUGCCUGAGAGGGACCGAAGUGAUCGUAGAAGUGCUGGAGUGUUGUUACCGACUUCGUUUCCUGGACGUUAUGGUAUCAGUGACCUUGGCUCCAGGCUUUUCAGUUCCUUGAUUGGCUUCAUCUUGCUGGUUUCUCCAUUGACAGGUUCUUCCACUUGUACCACCUGGGAAGUAGAGCCGAUGAAGAAGGAUCACCCUACUCAGGACAGAAUCUCAGGUAGUUAGAACAUCAACUUUACAGUGUGGGAUGUUGGUGGUCAAGACAAGGCGUCAUCAUAUAUGUCUCGGCAGUCACAGUCAAUCUCUCUUCUAGAAGAAACUGAUAAGCAGGCCAGUUAAAAAGUUUGUGGGAACAUGUAAAACGCCUGAAGGAGGCUCGUAGCAUAUACUGAGAAGAAGUAAUGGAUUGUGUCAGACAUUGUGCUUGGUAUCGUGUUUCUCUAUUUUCUCGGUGGAAGCGGAGAGGGAUGGUAUGCAGUAUGCAUGUGGAUUGUUCAGUUAGUUUUAAUUCUUAGCAAAGAGGACUCGGUCUUCAUCUAUACUUGAGUACUAUUUGGAAACCUUGGUAAUAACUUUCCUACUCUGCAUACUAUUUUGAAACUCCAUCAUAAUUGGCCCUUCUUUUGUAUCAAAGAGUGACUCAUCGUUUGUAUAUAUGCUUUACUGCACUUCUUCUUUUGAGCAUAAAUUUUUCUCUACCUCUUUGCUAGUGCCACUUGACUUUCUUCAGGUGUGGAUAGCGAAGCCGAGAAGGACCUACAACUUUUAGUGAAAGAUAGUGCCAUAUCCUCUGCGGAAUUUGGGUAUCUGCAGUUAUUAAUAGCCAAGUGAACCAAAAACUUUUUCUUGCCUACCGUUUUGCUUCCAUCCUUGCUUCCAUCUGCCUUUCUGUCUCUGCACCUUUCAUUACUAGGCCCCUGUGUUUGUAUAGUUUUUGGGGAAUGGGUUUGAAUGGAUCGAACCAACCUGACUUAUCUUACAUAAUGUACAUUGUGGUAUUUGUACAUUCUGUUUUUUCCCUUCCUUUCUAUUUCAUGUCCAUUUGUGUACCGACCUGCAAAGAGAAAGGAAGAGCUUGGAAAAAAAGUUUAAACUGUUGUCUAUAUGUGGCUGUAUUCUGGGCAUAGAAAUAUUGAAAAUGCUUUAUGCUUUCAAGUGCUCAUCAUUAGCAAAUUUUUGCCAGCUAUUUUCAUGUCAUUUAUUUAGUCGGUUUAUUAGUUGCCACAACUUUCGAAAGUGAUCUUCCUUUCUGUUGUCUCAAUGACAGGUGGACUGCUUCCAUGUACUUCGUAAAAUCCCUGCUACAUUUUUUCUCAAGCAAGGACUUAACAUAGUUUGUUACUUUAGCUGUCACCCACUUCAAUGAUCCAAGGAUAUCCAGGCGGAGAUGCGAGAUCUUCUGCAGUCUAUUUCUGUCUUAAUGCAGUACAAGGAGUUCUUGGCUACUUUUGAAUGCAAUGAAGCCGCAAUGCAGAGAAUGCCUAAAGUGCUACUGUCUGCUUUUGACAGUAGAUCUUGGAUUCCUGUAACAAAUAUACUUCUCUGGUUGUGCAAGGGUUCAGGUUUUGGUUCACCAAAACGUGGCGAAUCAUCUUCCUCUUCAUCAGUUAUAUAUCAGAUAUUAUUGCGGGAGGUUUGCAUUCAUGAUGAUACUUUUCUGAAUCAUUUGUUCGAACUCUGAGCUGGGCAAUGACAGGAAACUUGCAAGAUAUUAUUUCCGUGACAAUGUAAUAUCCUUUUAUGUUUGGAUCAAUGAAGAAGAGGGGAUCUAGAGAGAGUACAGCUCAUUGAUUAAUCAUUUACCUUCGGUUGUUUUUUGGUAGUGCUAUGUACACCAAAAAGAUGUCCUGUUUGUCCUAUUUCAGGCAGUCUGGAAAAGUUAAUAUUCAUACUCCUCUUCUUUUAAGUUUUAACCAAACAAAGGAUUACAUUAGCCUUCUACUUUUACUUCCCCUCCUCUUAUCCUUCUCUUUUCACCUGACCACACUGAGGAAUUUCUGUGUAUUUGACUUCUAUUACAAUGUCUUUUUGUUGUAUGUCAUUUCUAAUUUGCCCGUGGUAAUAGCUUUUGUUAUGUUCUGAUAUGUUUGAGAGGUUGUGUUCUAUAUGACAGAUUAUGGAUACAAAUUAAAGGAUUUU